AUGACGCCAAACUACUUCCGCAGCUCUCUCCUCGCCCUCGAGCUCUUUGCCGUUCUCGCACAAUGUGCAAACCUCAACUAUUCUGGAGAAGCAAUAACGACGCGCUUCUGGGACUGCUGUAAACCUUCAUGCGCGUGGAACGGAAAAGCAGACGUCAACAAGCCGGUCCUGUCGUGUACUGCCGACAACAAAGUAACAGACAUGUCUGCUGGCACCGCCUGCGGAACUGGUGGCACAGCUUAUCAAUGCUCUAACCAGCAACCCUGGGCAGUCAACGAUACACUUUCAUAUGGUUUCGCUGGUGUCUUUAUCCAGCCCAGCCUUACGGGCGGUGGUAUUGAGGGCGCUUGGUGCUGCGCGUGUUACCAGUUGGACUUUACCAGUGAUCCACUUCGAGGAAAAAGCCUCAUCGUUCAAGCAUCCAACACAGCCUACGAUGUGACCACUACAAACCGUUUCUCACUCGCAAUACCGGGUGGCAACACCACUUCACAGAAUGCUUGCGCCUCGCAAUUUGGUGUGAGCCAGAGUGUGUUUGGCCAGAACAACCAAGGUGUCAACAAAAAGGAGGAUUGUGAUAAUCUGCCAGAGCCACUGAAGGAGGGCUGCAAGUGGCGCUUUGAUUGGUUCAAAGACGCAGCAUUUCCCACCGCGAAUUUCAAGCGCGUUCCUCCCAUCCUCGUCCCUCAGGGCCGCUCCGUUAUUUGA